GGGAACGCGCGCGCCCGAAACUGUCGAAACUGUCGGCGCGCCCUUCGUGACUUCGAUCCCGUCGAUUUCGCCAACCCGCGACACGUCCACGUCGCGACUUCGAUCAACGUAGUGCCGGAUGUGUGCGCGGAUCGCCGUCAGACGGCGCUGACGUUGGCGGAAGUGACGCCACACGCCAUGGCGCGCGGCCGACUUCCCGUCUCUUUCUCAAGCGACAGCCACCAUGCCGCCUAAAAAGGAUACCAAAGGAUCCUCUAAACAACCUCAGAAAACCCAGAAGAAGAAAGAGGGUGGAUCUGGGGGAAAGGCUAAGAAGAAGAAGUGGUCCAAAGGAAAAGUACGUGACAAGUUAAAUAAUCAAGUACUUUUUGAUAAAGCCACAUAUGAGAAACUGUUGAAAGAAGUGCCGCAAUACAAACUGAUUACACCCUCGAUAGUCAGUGAGAGAUUGAAGAUCAGGGGGUCCCUCGCCAGACGAGCAUUGAUAGAACUUCAGCAGAAAGGCUUGAUUAAACAGGUCGUGCAACAUCAUGCACAACUUAUCUAUACGCGUACUACUAAGGGAGAUGACCCAGCAGUAUAAUGUGUGAACGUCAAUUUAAUAAAAAAAAAUCUUAAAGCCAAAA